GAGGGGGAGCGGCGGCUCUUCCCUGUCCAGUCAGGCCGGUAGGCCGAGGCCGGGAGGAGGCAUGGCGGGCGUCGGCGUGGCGCUGGCGGCCGCCUUGAUGUUCUGGGUGGGCGGGGGCGAGCCGGAGCCCUUGGGUGAGGAGUGGGCGGAGCCCUGGGCAGGUUCGGUGUUCCAGCCGCCGGCGGCGCUGGGCUCGGUGGGAGUGGCACGAAGCUCGGGGGCGCCGGCGCCGGACGAAGGCCAGCUACCCGUCUUGUUGUGGUGGAGUCCCGGCUUGUUCCCCCACUUCCCCGCGGACUCGGAGCGCAUCGAGUGUGCGCGCGGCGCUUGCGUAGCCUCCCGGGACCGACGGCGAUGGCGAGAGGCGCGCACACGCGCGCUGCUCUUUUACGGUACCGACUUCCGCGCUUCCGAGGCGCCGCUACCCCGCCUGUCUCAUCAGAGCUGGGCGUUACUGCACGAGGAAUCGCCGCUCAACAACUUCCUUCUGAGCCACGCGCCCGGCAUCAGCCUCUUCAAUCUCAGCGCCACCUUCAGCCGCCGCUCAGACUAUCCGCUGCCGCUGCAGUGGCUCCCAGGGCUCGCCUACCUGCGCCGCGCCGCGCCUGCGCUCCAGGAGCGUGCGGCCUGGCGCCGCCGCGGCUACGCACCGCUCCUUUAUCUGCAAUCCCACUGCGACGUGCCUUCGGAUCGCGACCGCUAUGUGCGCGAGCUCAUGCGCUACAUUCCGGUGGACUCGUACGGCAAAUGCUUGCAGAACCGGGAAUUGCCGGCUCGGCUGCGCGACACUGCCACGGCCACGUCGGAGGACCCCGAGCUCCUGGCCUUCUUGGCCCGCUACAAGUUCCAUCUGGCCUUGGAGAACGCCAUCUGCGAGGACUACAUGACGGAGAAGCUCUGGCGGCCGCUGCACCUGGGGGCCGUGCCCGUGUACCGCGGCUCUCCGGCCGUGCGCGACUGGAUGCCUAACGAACGCGCCAUCAUCCUGGUGGACGACUUUGAGUCGCCGCGGCAGCUGGCCGCCUUCAUCGAUUUUCUGGACCGGAACGACGCCGAGUACGCCCAAUACCUGGCCUAUAAGCAGCCCGGGGGCAUCACCAAUCGGCUCCUCCUGGACAGCCUAGAGCAACGCGAGUGGGGGGUGAACGACCCCCGGCAGCCCAGCUACCUGGAGGGCUUCGAGUGCUAUGUCUGUGACCACGAGCUGGCCAGGCUGGCCGCCGAAAGGGCCCACGAGGCCGAUCCCGGCCGCGUCCCACCCCCGCCGCCUCGGAUCGCUCAGCACUCCCACAUGGCCUGCCCUGAGCCCAGCCCCGGCUUUGGGCGGCUCGAGGAGAUCCCCGAGAACGACAGCUGGAAAGAGAUGUGGCUGCAGGAUUAUUGGCAAGGCCUGGACCAGGGUGAGGCCCUCACCACCAUGAUCCACAACAAUGAGACACACCAAGGGAAGUUUUGGGAUUACAUGCAUGACAUCUUCCUCCGAAGGAACCAGCAUCUCCAGCCGCCUACAUGAGUGCCCUUGGCUGAGGUGGGAAAGGGUCUGGGAGAAGACAGAAUCCUUUCUAUUUUGUGACUUAAAGGGGGAAAAAAAAACCACUUCUUAGAUAGAGAUUCCCAGCACAUCCCCCUCAGAUUUGCAUUGUCAUGCUAUAUUUAGCAUGUGGUUUCUAGAAAAGUCCCUCUACCCUCUCAAGGAAGAAGAAAACAGAAUUGUUUAUUCUCUGGCAGACUGGUGAAAGGUGCAGCUGCACCUGAAAGGUGAAAGCUGCAUUCUGACUGGUUUUAUUUAGAGAAUUGAUCCCCCGGGUUAAAUGGCCAAGACUACUCAGUUCUCCAAACUUUUCAUCUUCUCAGGUCAGAUCUAUGCCAACAUCCCUAAGCCUAAAAUGUUAGAAUUGUAAGGAAUUUUGUAGGCUCCCUCUGCCCUCCGUAGCCAUAUUUAUUUAUUUUUUUUAAACAAAUUGAAAAAUGAAGGUCGGGUGAAAUAAGAGCACUUUUGGAGUAUAUUAGUGAAAGACUAAAACUGGGUUUUCUGAGCCUCAAUUGAGAGUUCCCUUCACAAUACUACUCUGCUUUAGAUAAUACAGUGGAGAGAAUCUUCCUGGAGUCUCUGUGACAUUAAGAUAUACAAAGAGGCAG